GGGCGGCCGAGCUGCUCCUGCCCCGCCGGCAAGGCGCUGGGCCCCGACGGCCGCAGCUGCGCCUCACCCUGCGCCGGGGCGCCCUGCCAGCACCACUGCGUGCCCAACGGCGACACCUUCCUCUGCAUGUGUGAGGCUGGCUACCAGCUGGCCCCCGACGGCAGCAGCUGCGAGGACGUGGACGACUGUGCCGUGUCGCCGGGGCUGUGUGAGCAGGCCUGCCUCAACACCGAGGGCGGCUUCGAGUGCCGCUGCCACCACGGCUAUGAGAUGGUGGAGGGGCGCUGCCAGCCUGUCUCCAGCUGCUACGCAGCCCCCUGCGAGCACCGCUGCGAGGACGUGCCUGGUGGCUACCACUGCAGCUGCAUGCCCGGCUACGCCGUCCACCCGCAGGAGCCCGCCCGCUGUGUGCUGUACUGCGACCGCAGCCAGUGCCCGGCCGAGUGCAACUCAAACACCCAUUCCUGCUACUGCCCCGAGGGCUUCGUGCUGGACGAGUCCUCCAGCAAUGACACGGUCUUCUGCGUCGACAUUGAUGAGUGCGAGAUGGACUUCUGCGACCACAACUGCACCAACCAGCCCGGCAGCUACGCCUGCCACUGCUCCGACGGCUAUGUGCUCGUUGACAGGAACCACUGCCAGGAAACCCAGGUGGAGGACGGUGGGGGCUCCUCAGGAGACUUCGAGCUAUGGACGCCCGUCCCCAGCCGCGGCCCACCAAAAACGGAGCACCUGCACCCUGGUGCGCUGGUGGGCAUCACCGUGGGUGUCCUGUGCGCGGCCCUGGUUCUGCUGGCUGUCGGGUACCACCUGGCCAAGAAGCGCUGCCGGCCGCCUGCCUCCAUGGAUUACAAGUGCGGCAGCCACCACGAGAAGGAGGUGGGACUUCAGCAGGUGACUGCGGUCUGUGCCGCCUCUGGCCAGAAACUGUAGGGAGACCUGGUGGGACGGAGUGAGCGGGAGGUGACGUGGAACUGGGUAAAGUUUAUUUUCAACUCCCCUUCCCCCCCCCCCCCCCGGUUUGUAAUGAUAAAGAGAAUUCAGGAGAAGCUGUGAUCACCCCCGCCGCCAAAAAAUACAUGCUGCUUUUCAGCCGGCUCUCAUGAACGUGUGCCACAGUGAGCGGGGAGGGCCUGGGGCACGCCGCUGUGUGGUUCCUGUUUCUGCUCCCUUCCCUGAGCCUGUGGGAGGGGAAGCUCCAGAGGGGAGCUCUGCGGGAGGAGCAGCCCUGCUUGGACCUGACUUGAGCUUGAUCCACCUCGCCACGGGGUGAGAGCACGCGCCCAGCAGCUGCCUUGAGGACCGUGGGCUGUGGGAGGUUGUCUCGCCUGAAUUGUCCCUUGGCAGGAGAGUGCCGCAGGCUGGGGAUGAAGUGAAGAGUGAAGAGCCCAGAGUGAAGAGGCGCUGGGAUGCUCCAGCUUUUGUCUGGAUUUGGUUUAGUGUUUUAAAACUGAUAAACGAUGGCAGAAGGGUCUUUUGGUCAGUACUUUGCCUGCCCUCUGUGCCCCCGUCACCCUCAUUGGCAGAAAUUCUAUCACUUUUUUUCUCUUCCCCAUUUUUUGCGUACGUAUCUCUGCGCAGCUGAGCACUUUUCUAGGGGCAGCAGGCACCCUGCUGGGCAUCACUGUGGGGCAGGGGGGGGAACGCUUAUUUCUCUCCCCUUUUACCAUUUUGGGGUUUUUGGGGAAUGCGGAGGUUAAAAGGGGAUACUGAGAAUGCCAGGGUAUUUUUUUCUGUGCUAGGGAGGGUCGUUUUCAGCACCAGUGAGACCGUGCCUUGUGUUCUCUGCACGUCUUCCAUCGUUUUCUGCCGCUGCUGGAUUAAACUGCUUGUUACAGAGCAACUUAACUCACCGCUCCCAUCUGCAAGCUUUUUUCCUUUUUUUCCCUUUUUUUCCUUUUUUUCCUUUUUUUUUUUUUUCCCCUUAGUUUUAGUCCAGGCAAUCUAAUUCAUGUCAAAGUUCAAUGACAAAACUUCCUGGUGGCGUUCACAGGAGCAGGAUCCAGCACGGAGCUGGGGGAGGAUCCAGGGAAAGUUCUCUGUGGGGUUUUCCUGGGGGGUGAGAUCAGGGACCGGGCCGCCGGGGCUGGCGGUACGGGUCCGGGAGCUGUGCUGGAACCAGUGCUGAGGGCUUUGGGCCCCGUUUUGGGGCUGGGAGUUUGGGGUCGGGGCUGGAGGGGCUGUGCCCCCCGGGGAUGAAGCUCCAUCACUGAGACAAACAUCAGCUGCACGCUGCGUGAACUGUCACUUUCCUCGUGUGAAUGGCUGACCCCACUGUUUUAUAGACCCAGCAUGUGUGUAAAUAUUUAUUUAUUGGAAAUGUACCCUACGCAAUACACAAUCACGUUGUGAUUUUGUGUGUAGACCAAUAAAGCUUUUACCAUCUGGUUUAUAGAAA